GAAUGGGGAUUUGGCUCCGCCCACAGUUUGGUGCCCAGGGGCCGCAGUGCUAACCGUGCUAACCGCUACUAGCAGCUGUUUCCAGCUUGAGCGUUGGAUAAGCAGCCAUGCCUCGUGUUUAUAUAGGACGACUGAGCUAUCAUGUCCGUGAAAAGGACAUUCAGAGAUUUUUCGGGGGAUAUGGAAAGCUCAUGGAAGUAGAUCUAAAAAAUGGCUAUGGGUUCGUGGAGUUCGAGGACAACCGGGAUGCCGACGAUGCCGUGUACGAGCUGAACGGGAAGGAGCUGUGCGGGGAACGGGUGAUCGUGGAACAUGCCAGGGGACCACGGAGAGACCGAGACCGGGAUCGGGAUCGAGAUCGAGAUGGCCACGGUGGGGGUUUCGGUGGUGGUGGACGCAGUAGUGGUUACAGCAGCCGGAGCCGCACUGGCAGGGAUAAGUAUGGACCUCCGGUCCGUACUGAGUACCGUCUCGUCGUGGAGAACUUGUCUAGCCGCUGCAGUUGGCAAGACCUUAAGGACUUCAUGCGUCAGGCUGGUGAGGUGACUUACGCAGAUGCCCACAAGGAACGCACCAAUGAGGGAGUGAUUGAGUUUCGGUCUCAAUCGGACAUGAAGAGGGCCAUAGAGAAGCUGGACGGGACAGACAUCAAUGGACGAAAAAUUCGUUUAGUGGCAGAGCGGCCUCGUAAAAGAAGGUCUCCCUCUGGCAGCCGCUCAAGAUCUCGUAGUCGCCGUCGUUCACGCAGCAGGAGCCGCAGGAGCCAAAGAAGCAGGAGCUCCAGGAGUCGUUCCAGAUCCAACUCCAGGUCACGUUCCCGUAGCAACAAGAGACGGCAUCAUUCACGCUCCAGAUCGGGAAGGAAGUCUCGCUCCAAGUCUGGAGAAAGUAAAUCACGAUCUCGCAACCGCAGGUCCCGUUCUCGCUCCCACAAAUCCAGGUCCCGUUCUCGCUCUAACAAAUCACACUCGCGUUCAGUGGAACGAAAAUCCAAGUCCCGUUCAAAGAGCCAGUCAAAGGUUAAAUCAGAGCGAGAUUCUCGUAGUCGAUCAAAAGAGAUGUCUGGUGACAAGAAGUCCUGCAGUCGUUCACCUUCCCCAUUGGAGAAUGGGAAAGAGGCACAUGCCAACAAGUCUGUAUCCCACUCUCCAUCCCCACAGGAUGAUCGCAGAUCCAAAUCAAGGGAGAAGAGGUCAGCCUCUCGCUCAAGGUCUCGCUCAGCUUCACAAGAUUAGGGGAAUAUAAUACUGAUUAUUCUUUCAUUGUAAGCUUGGUACCGAAACUGUACAUUUGAGCAGUCAUUAUUCUAGCCUUUACUCUCAGACAUAGCUGCGUUGUGCUUGUUUUAAACAUGCUCAUGGGUGAUGUUGUAUUUGAGGAUAUGCCACGGGGAUGGGGGGGGGGUUGUUAUUUAGGAUAAUUUCAUCAAGGCAAGAGGUACUUUUUCACUACUUGUGUCAUGGGGCAUGUCAGUUCCCAACAUACUCUGUGUGUGUGUUCGAUUAAUACAAUGGACAGAAGUUUCUCCAAUCAUGCAAUAUAUGGAGCAGCCAUCAGGCAUGUCCCGGACUCAUUUAACGAGUGGGGUUGUGGUAUCGUUUUAGCAGUUGAUAACAUCUCAGCUGUUUCCUUUUUUGCAUACAGAACCAAUAGUUUCCUUCUCAAAGAGGCGAUCGAACCUUGAUGUCUUGCUGUAUUGUAAAGUGUUUAAAUCCGAUGCUGGAACUUGUAUCGCAAAACUGCAAACUUACAAAGGGUACAGGUUUGUUUUUUUAUGUCUGGACAACUUACAUUGUAGAUGGAUUAAUAUAGUCAGUUUAACCUCCAUUACACAUGUACAAAGACUGUGAUUAGCCUUAACGCAAUGAUCAUUGUGUCGCUUCUGUAGUCCCCCUUGACAAUAAGCAGGUACCUGUACUCUGGAUUUAUGAUUGAAUAGAGCUUCAGUGAACCAUACAUUGCAUCCUGCUUUGAUCCGUUUUCUUCCCCAAGUCAUAUUUUUUUUCAAUUUAUUCUUAAUGUGGGGUCUGUGUGGUAUCCUCCACUUGCCUAAAAACAAUAGCAGUAUGGACAUUUGUAUGGAUAAUACUUCCGUUCCAACCCUUUUUUGGUUUGCUUGUGAGUUAACUAUGAACCUCAUUGUGUUAACUGAAUGCAUCCCCCUCUCCAUGUUUGUAACAAAUUCAUAUUUUUUUCUCCAUGCAGAUGACAUCUUACAGAAAUGUCUUUUUUUAUUGUAUGUACAAUUAAAGAUCUUAAUUAAA